AUGGCUUUCCAUCCUGGCACGCUCCCCGAUCUCAAGGGCAACGUAUUCAUAGUCACUGGUGGGAAUUCCGGCAUAGGCUAUGACACCGUAGCCCACCUAGCAGAACACGGCGCCCACGUUUACAUGUGCGCCCGAUCCCCAGAAAAAGGGCACAGCAGCCACCGCCAACAUCAAGAAAAUACACCCCACUUCCUCGCCCUCGAAACAGCCCUGCACGGCCUGGUCAACAAUGCCGGCAUCAUGGCGAUGCCCUUCGAAAUGGCCAAAGAUGGCCGCGAGGCCCAGUGGCAGACCAACUACCUGGCGCACUGGGUGUUGACGAAGCACUUGCUCCCUCUGAUGCUGCAGAUCGCCAAGACGCUUCAUCCCGGCAGUGUGCGCAUCGUCAACCUCACUUCAUCGGGCCACUUGGGCGCACCCAAGGGUGGCAUCAGUUUCAAGGACCUCUCGCCCAAGGAUAGCGGCCCGUGGGCGCGGUACGAACAGAACAAGCUCGCCAAUAUUCUGCACGGCAAAAUCCUGCACAAGGCGUACGGCCCCGGCUCUCCCAGUGCGCGGAACGUGGAGAGCGAGAUCUGGGUUUCGCCCGUGCAUCCAGGUCUGGUUGAGACGAACCUCGCGACAUCGGUGGGGGACUCGAGCUCGGGCAUGAUUUGUGCUUUCUCGGUCUUGCACAUGUUUAGAUUGAUGUGGCUGGCGGAUAAGGGGUCGUGGACUAGUUUCUUCUGUACGGCGAGUCGGGAUAUAAAGGCACAGCAGAGCGGCACGUAUCUCAAGGUUUUUCGGCGGUUUGGGGAGCUGCGGUGGCAGAGCAGUAUGGCGAAUGAUGGGAAGCUUGUAGAGAUGUUGGAGGGGUAG